AUGGAUUAAAAUGAGAUAUGACAAAAGAUCGUUAUCUUAUCAAUUCAUUUGCAUAUUAUGCAUUGUAUCAGAAAAAGAGAUGCAUAAAUAUAUCAACAACGUAUUACAAUGCUUAAUAAGGAGAGCUCUAGGCAGAAUAUUUAAAUCAAAAGAUAAUACCAAGAGAAAUAUUCUUAAACAAGAUAUGAAUGCAUAUGACAGAAGAUAUCUGACUUUUAUUUUGUUUAUUGUUAUUUUGAACAUAUUGAUUCUUAGUAUGAUGGACGACUUCAGUAAAUUCAAAUUAGAAAUUCCAAUUUUCAACAGUAUACCACAGUUUCAAACCAAAGACAUUUACAAUUGUGAUGAAGAUCAACACCUUAAUACUUCCAUACAGAGAAGAGAACUCAAAUCUAGAGGUUCUAUUUAUCCUAUUGUUAUAUCGAUGCCAUACAAAAUAAACAACAAAAACAUUUGUCACGGAGUUCCUAAAGUUUCAACCAUCGUAAUGGUCCAUACAGCACCUAAACAUUUUACAAGAAGAAUGGUUCUUAGGAGUAAAAUGCUCAAUGCAACAUACUAUAGUCCAGAAAGUAUUCGCGUCGUUUUUCUCUUAGGAUUGGUUACAAGUGAAACAAUACAAAAAAGAAUUGAAAAUGAAAGUGAAACGUACGGUGAUAUUGUGCAAGGCUAUUUUCUAGAUUCAUAUCGGAAUUUAACAAACAAAGGCGUCAUGGGAUAUAAAUGGAUAUCAGAACAUUGUAUGAACGCAGAGUUUGUUACCAAAAUUGACGAUGAUGUCUAUAUAAAUUUUUUCAAAGUUUUCGAAGAAAUGUUUGACCUUAAAAAGAAGAAAAAGUUUAUUCUUUGCAAUAAGAUAGGAAAAAAUAGAAUGAAUAUUGUACGAAAUAAAAGAAGUAAGUGGUAUGUAGGAGAUGACGAAUUCAAAGGUAUACAACGAUACCCUCACACAUAUUGUAGUGGACUAGUCGUGUUCAUAUCUACAGACCUAGUGCCUAUGUUAUACCAAGCUGCCAUCGGUUCACCAUUUGUCUGGGUGGACGAUUUUUAUUUAUUCGGAAUUUUACCAUCGAAAGUUGAUGGUGUUGUACAUAUUGAUUUAAGGACGAGGUUGAAUUUUAACUUAAUGAAAGCAGUAAAAUGUUAUACAAAUUAUGGGACGAAGUGUCCACACGCCGUUGUGUAUGCAGCAUAUCACGGGAACAAGGGUUUUGAUACACUAUGGACAGCAAUCGUUAAAGACAGACAACAGAGUAUUUAUGGAAACUAUUAUAUGAAUUUACCAGCUUUUUCGAAUCCAAAAAUAAAACCUUUGUCCCUAUAUUAG